GUGUCAGCAUCAAAUAAAGGGCAUAUUGUGAUUCUUAAUAAAGGGAAUAGGUAGCUAUUAAAAAAUGGCUACGACAUUGUACAACUUCACGGCCAAACUGUUAACGGGAGAAACGUUUAAUUUUUCUUCCCUCCAGGGCAAAGUGGUCCUCAUUGAGAAUGUGGCGUCUCUCUGAGGCACCACCACCAGGGAUUACACCCAGAUGAACGAGCUCCAUGAGCGGUACGCCAGCAAGGGGCUCGUUAUCCUGGGAGUGCCCUGCAACCAGUUCGGGCAUCAGGAGAACUGUAAGAAUGAAGAAAUCCUCAUAUCUCUGAAGUACAUCCGUCCUGGUAAUGGCUUUGAGCCAAAGUUCCAGCUCCUGGAGAAAGUGGAUGUGAAUGGGAAGGAUGCCCACCCCUUGUUUGUAUUCCUGAAGGAAAAGCUCCCAGCCCCCAGCGACGAACCAAGCGCCCUGAUGAACGACCCCAAGUUAAUCAUCUGGAGCCCGGUCUGCAGGAACGAUGUGGCCUGGAACUUCGAGAAGUUCCUCAUCGGGCCGGAUGGAGUGCCCUUCAAGCGUUACAGCAGGAUGUUCCUCACCAGCGACAUCGAGGGAGACAUCAAGAAGCUCCUCAACCAGGCAAACUAAUCCUCCAAAAUGUUGUUCAUCCAUCCAACAGCUUCCACAUUGUGUGUAACCUUCAGUUCAUGAGGAGAAACAUCUUUUGUGCAGUUUUUACCCUUCCAUAGCCUCUGCAGAUGGUGUAUGACACUUUUCCAGACCACCUGUGCUCACUUGUACACGAUGGCUGUGUUCAGUUCUUUUACUAUAUGAAGGCAUCCCCUGAAACCACGCUUGUUGUGAGGGGGGUAUUUGAUGAAGUGUAAAAGCCUGAAUGUUUUCAGCUCCAUGGGUGCAUGUAAAGCACAGCUGUGGUUUGAUGUAUUAGGAGGACCAAUAAAUGUAUUUUCUAAACAUU